GGUAGUUGCAUACAUGUACAUGCACUUCCCCUCCACCACUUGCUUUUUCUAUUUUGCUUAUGCGUAACAGUCUUUUCUACCUUUUUUUCUACACAAUCCUCCCGUGACAUUCCACUAUCGCAUCUGUGGCAUCUGAUCCCGCAUUCAGCCCACGGCACCUACGUCAUUUCCCCGGACCGCAGCAGUUCAGGAGCCAUGGCCCAACCCGCCAGCCCGCUUUACAUCGGCUUCGACCUGUCCACCCAGCAACUCAAGGGUCUAGUCGUCAACUCCGACCUCAAGGUUGUCUACGUGUCCAAGUUCGACUUUGACGCUGAUUCGCACGGCUUCCCUAUCAAGAAAGGCGUUCUCACCAACGAGGCCGAGCAUGAGGUCUUCGCGCCCGUCGCGCUCUGGCUGCAGGCCCUCGACGGGGUGUUGAGUGGACUACGCGAGCAGGGGCUGGAUUUCCGCCGUGUGAAAGGUAUCAGCGGCGCCGGCCAGCAGCACGGAAGCGUCUACUGGGGGGAGAAUGCAGAGAAGCUGCUGAAGAGCCUGGAUGCGAAGAAGACACUAGAAGAGCAAUUGGAGGGUGCGUUCUCGCACCCGUACAGUCCUAACUGGCAGGAUUCCAGUACCCAGAAGGAAUGCGACGAAUUCGAUGCAUACCUUGGCGGACAAGAAGAGCUGGCUGCUGCUACAGGCAGCAAGGCGCAUCAUAGAUUUACCGGGCCCCAGAUCCUACGAUUCCAACGCAAGUAUCCCGAGGUGUAUAAGAAGACGUCGCGGAUCUCGCUGGUAUCUUCGUUCCUGGCGUCGCUGUUCCUGGGACAUAUUGCGCCGUUCGAUAUCUCCGAUGUCUGUGGUAUGAAUCUGUGGAAUAUCAAGAAGGGAGCCUACGAUGAGAAGCUUUUGCAGCUGUGUGCGGGACCUUCCGGUGUGGAAGACCUGAAGCGGAAGCUGGGCGAUGUCCCUGAAGAUGGAGGCAUCCAGCUGGGAACCAUCGACCGGUACUACAUCGAGCGCUACGGAUUCAGUCCCGACUGCACCAUCAUCCCCGCCACGGGCGACAACCCGGCUACCAUCCUCGCGCUUCCGUUGCGGCCGUCUGACGCUAUGGUCUCACUUGGAACCUCGACUACCUUCCUCAUGUCCACCCCCAACUACAAGCCCGACCCCGCUACGCACUUCUUCAAUCAUCCCACCACCCCCGGUCUGUACAUGUUUAUGUUGUGCUACAAGAAUGGAGGUCUCGCACGUGAGCAGGUCCGCGAUGCGAUCAAUGAGAAACUUGGAGAAUCCGCUACUUCAUCGUGGGCGAAUUUCGACAAGAUCACUCUCGAAACUCCACCUAUGGGACAAAAAGCAGACUCGGAUCCCAUGAAGCUGGGUCUGUUCUUUCCUCGCCCGGAAAUCGUGCCUAACCUGCGUGCGGGGCAGUGGAGGUUUGACUACGACCCGAAGAAUGGCCGUUUGCACCAGACAGAAGAGGGCUGGAAUAAGCCUUUGGAUGAGGCUCGCGCCAUCGUCGAAAGUCAGAUGCUCUCUCUGCGCCUGCGGUCGCGCGGACUGACUCAGAGUCCCGGUGGAGGCCUCCCGGCUCAGCCACGCCGAGUAUAUUUGGUAGGUGGUGGGUCGAAGAAUAAGGCCAUUGCUCAGGUCGCCGGAGAGAUCCUGGGUGGUAGUGACGGGGUGUAUAAGCUGGAGAUCGGGGAUAAUGCUUGUGCGCUCGGAGCUGCAUACAAGGCUGUUUGGGCGUUGGAGAGGACGGCUGACCAGACCUUUGAGGACCUCAUCGGGCAGCGGUGGAGGGAGGAGGAUUUCAUCGAGAAGAUUGCAGAUGGGUAUCAGUCAGGGGUGUAUGAGCGAUACGGCCAGGCUGUAGAGGGAUUCGAGAAGAUGGAGCUGGAGGUCCUCCGGCAAGAAGGGAAGCAGUGAUAUAUUUGAAAGAGCAAUAGAGUAGACUAUGCCGAAUAUUCUGUGGCAACGGCCUGCUUACUUGAUGAUCUUACAUAGGAUGCAUCACAGCGAUGACCAAGUGAUAAUAUGAGUGGACCCGAGUUUUAUAGAAGAAAGAAAGACAUA